UUGUUGUGGGUUUGUUUAUGAGGAAACAGAUUUCAGUUUAGCUCGUUGGGUCAUUAUUGAUCCAGAUCAAUAUUGUGUAUAUUAUAACAGGUUGAUUAGCUGCUUCGUUUUUAGUCGUUGAUUGUUCUCGUUGCGCCAGCGUGAGAGUAGUAUCACUCAUCUUCCGGUGGUGCAUUUGUGUGAUAUGAUGCUAACAUUGGGCUAACCUGCUGUAGCUUAGAGACAAGGUGCAGCAUGAAAGCCACGAUAAUGAGGCUGUGUGUUCUUCAUGGACUCGGUGGAUCAUGUCUCUGAUCCUCUUUGCUUUUGUGGUUCGAGUCAGGGAUGGACUCCCUCUGUCGGCUUCCACAGACUUUGAACACAACCGAGAGCUUCAGGAAAGAAAGAAGCAGCUCAGGACCAUCAGCAAGGCACUGGCCGGCCUCCCCGACAAGGGGAUUAUCGAGGGCCGGACGCUCAACACAUUCUUCAUCUCUUCGGAGGGUGUAUCCUACAUGACUGUGUGCCACUGCAGCCUCCCUAUUGCUAAGGCCUUCUGCUUCCUGGAAGAUCUGCGCUGGGAGUUCACAGCAUGCUUCAAGAGCACUGUUGUUGCCUUGGCAGCCAGGCCAUAUCCAUUUUUGGAAUUUGAUAGUACCAUUCAAAAGCUAAAGCAGCAGUAUAACCAGAGGGGCGGUCCAGCCCUCGAGGUGACUCUGGCUGAAGUCCAGGAGGAUCUGAGGCUUCAUCCACCACAAAUAAUCAACCUGGAUGAGGUGGAGCUAACUAAUGGCAUUGCAAAUGGACAUGUGGAGCAGGGACUAGGAUCUGGUCAGAACCAGAGGCUUGAGCCAGUGACGGCGUUGGGCAUCCUCUCUCUUGUUCUUAAUAUCAUGUGUGCAUCUUUGAACGUCAUCCGGGGAGUGCACCUCAUGGAAUACACAUUCCAGGAUGAUUAUGACGGCAUUUGGAAUGUAGUGGCAUUUCUUCUGGCAUUUCUCUGUUGUGUAUUUCAGUGCCACCUCUACCUUUUCUACUCGUCUCAGAAGAAAGUCAAGUCCUUCGCUCUGCUGAGCCUGAUCGUCCUAUGCAACCUGUUCCUGCUCGGCUUGAGGAACGCGUGGCAGCUCGUCUUCCACGUGUCCGUCGCCUCCCUCGCCACCUUCCUCAUCCUGACUCGCAAACUUCAGGACAGAAACGGUGACUGUGGGGUCUGAGGGGCCACGGGACAGAGAUGAGUUGCCCCAGCAGAGAGAACGACAGGCAGGUAAAUGGCUUGACUCUCGUGUAAGGAAGAUGCCGUGUGGAUUUGUAACGAAGAAAAAUGUUAAAGCAUUUUUGUUCAUGGAGGAAUAUUAUAAUGACAAGUCCAUAUUUUUUUAAUGACAAUAUGUACUUGCACUUUGUGUACCUUGUUUUCAAGACGGUGGAGAGAAUGCAGGUUUUUAUGGUUGCUCCUGUUAACACAACCGAGAAGAAAAAGAAACCUCAUAGGAAGAAAGAGUUCAGGAUGAGACUCAUCUUUUCUCUGAACUAUUCAUGAAGGAGUUUUUCAGUCGGAAUCACUGACCAAAGUUUUUCACGUUGAAACGUUUAGGUGGCAUAUAUCACCGAUGAAGCUACAUUUAAUGUUGUAGUUAACUUACAUUUCUGCUCACACUCAGCUCAGUAUUCGUUAUCCUGGUGAUGAUUCUUUACCAUGAGUAAAAUUAUCGAUGCAGCAUGUUUACAUUUCCAUUUAUUAUUAGCAGUGAAUCCAACUUUAUACACAGAAAACCUGUGUUUCUGAACACUGAAUUGAGAUCAAAGCUUUGUGGCACAGUGGCUAGCACUGUCCCCUCACAGCCAGAAGGGCCUUUCUGUGUGGAGUUUGCAUGUUCUUCCUGUUCCCUCUGGGUGCCCCGGCUCCCUGCGACCAUGCACAGGAUUAAGCACUAUAGAAGAUGGAUUACAGCCAACAUUCAUUACGACUUAGAAUAACUUGGUUCAGUUUUUAUUUUCUCCCAAAUCCAAGGAACUGCAACAUAAUUGAUAUGAUUUCAUUAAUAUUGUCUCUUCCUGGAUGGACAGUUUGAAGCUCACUCAUAGGUUAUUUUGACGAUACUAAAAAUUUAUAGGUUCAAAUAACCUUGUAGAUGCUGCAUUUAUAAUUUUGUUCAGUGUAAGCAGACCUUUAUAUUACCCAUCUUGCUUUGUUAGGCGUCUGACUACGACGUUAUUUACUAUAGGAUGAAUUAGUUAAAUUCUAAGAUAGUUGCCAGUGCUGCUUUUUAAACUUAGUUUUAGGCGUUCUAGAGUUGAACUAAAAGCCUAACUGAAAGGUGUGAGUGGUGUGUUUCAUGCCUUACUGUGUGGAUAAUAGGUUUAGUUCUCAUUAUGGUUCUAGAUAUCUAUAAGCAAAUGUUCAGAUACUUGUUGCAGAGGUUCAAAUCGAAGGGCUUUAUUGUUCCACGAUAUCACAGCCGACUCGUGUUAGGAUUUCAGUCUUGAGGCUCAAUGUUGAGGUCUUCUUCAACUUAUGACCGUUUAGUGCAAUCAGAGCAGAUUUAGUUGUCUGGGUUUGAUAUUUUUAGUGGCGUUUUAGUGAAAAUUGUAAACUGAGGUAAAAGUUUGAAAGCACUGAUUAAAGGGUUAAAUCAUUUUGUAAAGCUGCACUGUUAGGUUAAGGAUUGUUUUGUGAUUUCUAUUGAAAUAAUUCUUCAAUAUGUCGCAUUGGGUUUAUCUGAAUUUCUAUUUAUAUUGUUUUUUUCAUUUACUGAUUCUGUCUUAAUUCUUCCGUAACUUUGAGUUUGUGCUCUCAUUUUUCUCUAGCUUUAAAGUUGUAAGAAGGAAGUUAAUGUUUCUAACUUAUUCUUAAUGAACACGUCCCUUUUGUGCUGCUAAGUUAUGAGACAAGUUUAGUUCUUCUACUUCUUUUUUUUUGUCUCAGUUAGUGAUUCCUGUUAUACAAAAAAGGUAAACUGUUCAAUUGUUGUUUCAAAAAAAUGUAUACACUCGAGUAAUAUCCGUCCCUUUUUCUUAUUUUGAUAAGGAUAUUGGUGACACUGUAAUAUUUGGAUACAAAAUGCGGGUUUUACUGAAUUUCUACUUUUAGAAACAUGCGACGACACUGACGACCAAAUGAUUUGUAAACAUAUAAUCAAUAAUGUUCGAAAAAUAAUGCUGCAGUUUUUAAAAACUGAAUCAUGUGGAUGAAGGUUUUUAAUAUUCGGUAAAAAAUGCACUGUGCAGCUGAAAUGUGGCAGAAUUCCUUUUCUUCUUCUUCUUCUUCUUCUUCUUCUUUUUCAUUUGGGACAAGGACAGCCUGAAGUAUGCUGUGUUCAAUUGGUGAGUUUAAUUCUGUGGUUUUCAUGGCUGCAUGAGUAAUAUGACCGUUACUCAGUGUCACUGCCAGAAUCGGCAGGGGUUUUCGUUUUUUCUUGUUCUUGUAAAAAAUGACAAUUUUUCUAAAAUAAAUCAUGUCUUUUUUUUCUA